AUGGCUCCUGAACUUCGCUCACGGAGGGCUUCCUCUUCCUCGCAAAAGAGCACACCCAAGUCCAAGGGUGGUGCAGCUACGACAAAGCGCAAGGCCGCUGACGAUGCCAGCCCCGUCGUGGUCAAGAAGACAAAGGCCGUGAAGGCCGACACUCCAGCCAAGAAGGCGACCAAGGCAUCGAAACCAGCCAAGAAGGUCGAGGAACCUGCCGAACCCGUCGCAGCAGAUGACGAGCAUCCCUUUUCCGAUGACGACGAACAAGACAAUGACCAGGCUUUGGCCCUGGCUGGUGUUUCCGACAGCGAGGAUGAAGCAGCAGUCGAUGAGAGCGCUGCUUUCAAAGAGGGACAGGACGUUGGAAAGGCCCCAGUCUCUUCCAAGGCAGUCGAGAAGUCGAAAAAGGCAGGCAAGGGCGGCAAGCAAGACAAGGCAGUUGUUUACAUUGGACGCAUCCCCCACGGUUUCUACGAACGACAGAUGCACGAGUACUUUGGGCAAUUUGGCGACAUUUCGAGAUUGCGGUUGUCGAGGAACAAGAAGACUGGCCAGAGCAAACAUUUCGCUUUCAUAGAGUUUGCCGACGAGAGCACCGCCGAAUACGUGGUCAAGUCGAUGAACAACUAUCUUCUGUUUGGUCAUCUCCUGAAGUGCAGGAUAGUGCCCAACGCUCAAGUCCACGACGAUCUCUUCAAGGGUGCUGGCAAGCGAUACAAGGCAAUCCCCAGCAACAAGAUUGAGGCAAACAAGCUGAAGAAGCCUCUUUCUGAGGGUGAAUGGGCAGCCAAGAUUUCCAAAGAGAACAAUAAGCGCGCACAGAAGGCCAAGAAGCUCAGCGCACUCGGUUACGACUUUGAUGCGCCCCAGUUGAAGGACGCGGUUGCUCCCACGGCCGGAGCUCUAGAGGCAGCCGAAGAGGAGGCACCCAAGGCCAUCGAGGCAGCCCCUCCAGCUGCUGAGUCCGAGGCUCCCGCGGAAGAGGACGUCGGUGAUGGUAUCGAGUCGCUAGACGGCGAUAAAGUUGUGAAGCAGCCAGCCAAGGCGAACAAGCAGAAUGGAGCCAAGGGAGGAAAGAAGGCCAAGAAGGCAGCGAAGCCGAAGAAGACAAAGGCGUAA